AUGAAGGUCAAAUAAAUAGAAAUAUGUCUUACCUCAGUUACUAAAGUAAUGUUUAAGAGGUUAUUUGAAAUAUAAUGGUAAGAAUAAAAAAAUAAAGAAUUAAAUAACUUUUAUGAAAAAGAAAGGUAAAAGAGAAGGGCGGAAUGGUUGGAGCAUGAGCACAUAUCAUGUGAAUCUAGAAGAUGGAGGAUUUUGCCAGAUGAACAGAUCGGAUGUGAAAUUGUUGCAGAAAGAUAUUAAUGGAACGUAGGUAUAUGGGUCGUUCAGCCGAAGAGACAAGGGGAUGGGUCAUGGAAAGUAUUGAAGAGGUUUAAAGGAUGGUAAAGUAUUUAGAUGAGAUAUAGUUUUAAUUGAUUUCAAAACCUAAUGUGGAGUUUUAAUAUCACAGUGAAAGAACACAGUCCACGCAAGUUACAUAAAUAGUAUUAAAUCUCUUAAUAGAACUUUAUUCUUUAAGCCACUACUAAGGAUAUAUAAUUAGAAGGA